UUCUCUCUCUGCUCAAACUUCUUCAAAUUCUUCACUGGUUGCGUCUCUUUGCUCUGCCUCUUGGUCUUUCUUUCUUCACUCUUGUUAUUCUUCCGACAAAUGAAGGAUCACGAUGAAGAUUGGAGAGGAGAUUACAUAUCAAGAUCAGAUCAUUGAAAAAUCAAGGUUGCAUCUUAGCGGGUCGCAGUGGCACAAAGCAGCAGAUAGGAAAAGUAGGGAGUGAAGAUGGCGUCGAAUCGAUCAGUCCAAGCUUAAGGGAAGAAAGGAAAGCACAAAGAAGAGUCUCAAACGGCAUCGAAGAAGGGUUUUCUGUAAUCAGAAAAUGGUUUCAGGCAUUAUAACUUUGUUUUUCUAUUGCUCUCUCACUCAUGACUGUAGCUGACGGUGCUCUUUAUCUAUCUUUCUGUCGAGGCUUCAACUUCUCCAAGUGCUUCUUUUUUCCCACAAUUCUUUAAGGGCUUGAAGGUCACGAAUUGGUGAAAUCAACAAAACGGCAGCAAAAGAUGGCGAUGGCGAGGCAGAUUAGGGCGAAACGUUGCGUCGCUUCUCCAGUUUGGUAAAAAUGCCACUGCUCGUAUCGAGUUGCGGCUUCCUCAUUUCUGAUCUCCUCUCUCGUUCGGUCUCACCUGUCAGUCCUCACGGUGGUGUCGCCUCUCUGCUGUCGUCCAGCCAUCCCCAACUUAGUCACCGUCCAUCGUCUCACCAUCGUGCCGUCCCUGCCGUCGUCCACCUACCUCCAACAGGUGUGCCAUCUCACAGUCGGUUCUUACAGAGGCAAGGAUCUUUCGGCCAUCUGCCAACUUUGUGCAGAUCUGUGGUCCUCGUGGCGUCGCCUCCUCCGUCUGCUGUCUCUGAGUUGCUUCCAGUGGUGGUGAUCUCCUGCCAUAGUCGAGGAUGCAGUAAGCUUUAUCUAUACUUUGUUUCCUCGAUCUGCUCAUAGUCGGCCGUCCGUCGCUGAUCUGCUCAUGGUCCUCUUCAGUCGGUCCAACUCAGAGGAAAAUCCAUUAUACGAGAAAUUCAGACAUAAAGGAUUACCAUUUGUUAAUGAAUUAAUCGAGUUGUUCCAAGGUACUAUCGCCAAUGGACUUAGAGCACUGGCACCUUCAAGUGGAGUUUUACCUAACAUUUACAAUAGGAAUGAAGGUGAGGAUGAAGAGGUGUAUCGGCCAGAUAUGGCAAAUGAGGGUAUUGGUUUGGAGGAAGGUUCAGGAGAUAGUGAUGAGAUCUUAGGAACUACUGGAGUAAGCGGUGAAUUUAAUAGAGUAGUUCUAAAUGCUUCUCAAAGAACCUUAAGUAGAGGCUGUGGUAAGAGGAAGAGGGGCGAAAGCAAUAACGGUAGAAAGAAGAACAAGUUACCUAGUAUAAGUCAAAUAGCAGAUGCAAUGAGUGUGAUAGCUCAAACAACAAAGGAAGAAUCUCAACAGGCUAAGGAAACAUCAAUUCCCGAAGUCAUGUCAAUAGCCAAACAAUGGGAAGAAGUUGCAAUUGACAAAUAUUGGGUUUCACAAUGCAUGUCACUCUUCAUGUCUUGAGAGGCUAGGGUGAUGUUUUUGACGAUGAAGGAUAAUAAAGAAAGUGUUUUGGAGUGGUUGAGAUAUGAAUGUUACAAAAAUAGUUGAUUAUUGGAGUUUUAAAACUUAUGAAUAUAUGAUCUUACUUAAAGAGUAGUCUAACAUGUUUGUAUUAUAUUGUAGAAUUUAACUUAUGUAGCCUCUUGAACUACUUAUGUACUUUUUAUAUAUGGUAAUCAAGUAUUACAAUGUUGUGGAAAAAUCAUUGGUAUUUUUAUAGAUGACUUAUUUAGAUGUAUCUAUAAUUGAAAUUAAGUGCACGUAUUAUUUAUGUGUUUGGCUACAGAUAGCAAGACAUAUGGAAGAGUCAUCUAAAAAAAGGCUAAAUAGAGCCCAAAAAGUUAGUGCUUUCAUUGGAUUGUAUGCAACAAAAGGUUUGUGCAAAGAACCACGAAGAAAUAGUGAAUAUAUAGGUCAUUUGUGGGUGAAUGAAAUUUUAGAAGAACAUCCAGUUCAUUGCUAUGAAAUGUUUAGAAUGGAACCACAUGUGUUCCAUCAAUUAUGCAGUGAAUUGACAUGGCAUGGAUUGAAGGAUACUAGGCGAAUGAGAGUACAGGAGAUGGUUGUAAUUUUUUUAAAUACAAUUGGACAUGGGUUAGGAAAUAGGAUGGCACAAGAAAGAUUUCAACAUUCAGAAGAGACUAUUCACAGACAUUUUCAUAAAGUUUUAAUGGCUUGCUUGAAACUUGCAAUGGAAUAUAUCAAACCACAAGACAGGUCCUUUCGUCAUGUAUCAAACAAAAUAGAAAAUGAUAAGCGAUAUUGGCCAUUCUUUAAAAAUGCCAUUGGAGCAAUUGAUCGCACACAUAUUCCAUGUGUAGUCCCUGCUAGUGAAAAAUCAAAAUAUAUUGGAAGAAAAGGAAUCCCUACGCAAAAUGUAAUGGCUGUGUGUGAUUGGGACAUGUGCUUUACUUUUGUCUUGGCUGGAUGGGAGGGGACUGCGCAUGAUGCUUGCAUUUUUCAACAUGCCCUGACAACUCGAUCCAUGAACUUUCCAUACUCGCCUUCAGGUAAAUAUUAUUUGGUGAAUGCUGGUUAUCCAACACCAAAUGGAUAUCUUGGUCCGUAUAGACGGGAACGCUACCAUCUUCUUGAUUUUAGAAGAUCAACUGGAUUUACAAGUAAUAAUGAGGUCUUUAAUUAUUUUCAUUCAAGUUUACGGUGCACAAUAGAAAGAACAUUUGGAGUUUGGAAGAAGAGGUUUGCAAUUUUACGCAACAUGCCUAGUUAUGACUACGAUAUACAAGUUCAAAUCGUUGUUGCAUCAAUGGCGAUACAUAAUUUCAUUAGAAGACACUCUAACUCUGAUGCUGAUUUUAUGCGUCAUGAGAGGGAAGAUCAAGAAGACUAUGAGGAUCAAGAAGACCAUGGCGUUGAUGAAUAUUCAUCCAUGACAUCUUCUUCAUUAGCUAUGACUAGUAUUCAUGAUAUUAUUAGGACCAACUUGUAUAUUAUCAUCUUCAUUAGUUGUUGUAAAAUUACUGUUUUAUAUUUAAGAAUUUAAUUUUCUA